UCUGGUGAAACCUUCCUGUAACAAUGGAAAUCAUUGGAGCAGGGACCAUUAUUUUGGCGCUUUGUGUCAUAUGUCUCGUUCUUAUUACUAAAUGGCCAGGAAACAGUAAGUGGAAGAGGAUGCCUCCUGGACCAGCUCCACUGCCUGUUCUAGGUAACAUCCUACAGCUGAACAUGAAGGAACUGCCUGAGUCAUUCAUGAAGCUUGCAAAGGUUUAUGGAGAUAUUUUCACUGUUCACUUUGGGCCAAGAACGGUAGUCGUCCUGAAUGGAUACGAUGCAGUGAGGGAAGCUCUAGUGGACAGAGCAGAUGUCUUCAGCAACAGAGCAAAAGUUCCUGCAGCAGAAUUUGUCUUUAAGGACUAUGGAGUUCUUCUCAGUAAUGGGGAACGUUGGAAGCAACUUCGUCGGUUUUCCCUCACCACAAUGAGAAACUUUGGCAUGGGUAAGAGGAGUGUAGAAGAGAGGAUCUUAGAGGAGUCACGCUGUCUUAGAGAUGAACUUAAGAAAAAUACAGGCUCUUUUAUUGACCCCACUUACUUGUUCACUUUGGCGGUUUCCAAUGUGAUUUGUUCAAUUGUCUUUGGUGAGCGCUUUGAAUAUGAAGAUGAAAAAUUCCUUAAUCUUUUGACCAUGUUGAAAGAAGCCUUCAAGAUAAGAAGCUCAUCAACUGGACAGCUGCUCAACUCUUUUCCAAAACUUUUCCUCCGUAUCCCUGGACCACAGCAGAAAGUUUUGAAGAAUAUCUCAUCGAUAAAAGAAUUUGUGAUGGACAAAGUGAAGGAACAUCAGGAGACAUUGGACCUGAACUGCCCCAGAGAUUUCAUAGAUUGUUUUCUCAUAAAGAUGGAAGAGGAAAAGGAAAUCCCUAACACAGAGUUCCACUUCCAGAACUUAAUUGUUACUGUGAUAAACCUUUUCUUUGCUGGAACAGAAACAACAAGCAAUACUUUAAGGAUCGGUCUGAGGAUAUUGCUCAAGUAUCCUGAAGUUCUAGCUAAAGUUCAAAAAGAAAUUGAUCUCAUCAUUGGCCCAAACCAUUGUCCAUCUGUGGAGGACCGCAGUAAAAUGCCCUAUACGGAAGCUGUUAUUCAUGAGAUACAGAGAUUUGGAGACAUCUUGCCCCUGGGUGUUCCACACGCAACAGCUGAAACCACCAUCUUCAGAGGAUACACAAUCCCCAAGGGCACCACAGUGUUUCUUCUCUUGACUUCAGCACUGAAGGAUCCAAAAUACUUUCAAAACCCAGAGAAAUUUGAUCCCAGUCGCUUUUUGGAUAAAAAUGGAGGGUUUCAAAAGAAUGAAGCUUUCAUACCUUUUUCCACAGGAAAGAGAAUCUGCCUUGGAGAAGGAAUGGCAAAAAUGGAGUUGUUUCUGUUCCUUACCUAUAUACUGCAGAAUUUCAAUUUGAAAUCUGAUGUAGAUCCAUCUUAUAUUGACCUCUCCCCACUACCGAAUACCAAUGGGGGAAUCCAUCAACCUUAUAAAAUACAGUUGGUUCCUCGCUAGCUAGUGGUGUGCAUUAAAGCUCCUGGAGUCUGAUUCAACUAUACCCAAAAUCCUCCCAACUGUAAAUGGAGCAUUGGUCUUGUCACAGUGCGGUUCACUGUGACAGUUUUGGCCGUGUAGGCUGGCUGUAUGCGCUCUUGCGUACUGGCUGCAGGCCGAAACCUCUGUAUGCUGGUUGCUUGGGGCUGCAUGCUGGCUGCAGUGUU